AUGAAAUAAUAUAAACUAAAUCAAUUAGCACAAAUAAUAAAGAGACUAGAAAAUAUUCUAGAUAAUCCUUAACCAAUAAAUUCUCAAUAUUCUCUCUUUCGUCUCUUACCCACUUUUCAAUCUGAAGAUCAGACCUCAUCAGAAUCGAGUACGAACUAAAUUAUUUUUGAUGAGUAGCCAACUUAAGAUUAUACAAAGAAUGAACUGAAGACCUUUUCUACAGAAUCUCAUAAUCUUAAAUUAGAUUACACGAAAAUUUCAAAAGAAUUAAGAGGAAUGCUCCAGAACACGUUUAGGAGCCUUAAUAUAGACUAAAUAAAUUAUAUAUCUCAGGUAAUCUUGAAGCAUACUUAAAAGGAUAAUCCUUAUAUUGCUUUGAUUAUAAAUUAAUUAAAUCUUAUUCGAAGUGUUGUUGAAGCAAAUUCUAUUUGUCAAAAAUAUCAUGCUUCAAUAGAGAAUUUAUAGAGUCAAACGAAUAAUUUCGAUUAAUAACAUUCUAUAGCAAUAGUAAUCUCAUUAAGAUCAAACUUUUUAUCAGAAAUUAAUAAACAUAAAAUCGAUACAAGCUUGGUUCCUUAAUAUGAUUAAUUUUAGUUAAUUAAAGAAUAAUAAUUAAAAAUUUAACAUAUAUAACAAGCCAUUGAACAGCUAAUUCAAUAGAUUAGUUGA